AGGGAAGGCAGGACGUUCCCCCCCAUCCCACAUCUGGGCUGGAGCCUGUUUACUGGGAGGCUGCAAUUAGAAGGCUCCUUGAAAUGGCAUAAAGUGAUUCUCUGAAUGCUCCUGCAUCUCUGUCUCUGCAAGUGUAGGGAAAUGUGGCCCUGUGUUCCCACUCUAUUCUUUACGCUGCUGUUGGUCUCCUCUAAUGGAGGUUAUGGACAAGAGGAAGAAGAAGAAGAAGACUAUGAUAACCCAUCAGAGAGCGUACUGCAGGACAUAAAACCAACCUCCAAAUCAUUGCUGUGUCCCAAGGACUGUACCUGCACGCAGGAAGGGGUAGUGGACUGUGCAGGAGUGGAUCUGAAGGAGUUUCCUAUAGACCUUCCAGAAUUUACAAAUCACCUAUCUCUGCAGAAUAACCAAAUAGAAGAGAUUCCUCCUGAGGAUCUGAGCAGACUUUACAAAUUAGAGACCCUCAACUUGCAGAACAAUCGCCUGACUUCUAGAGGAAUUCCUGAUGACCUUUUUGAACAGCUGGAAAAUCUCAGUUAUCUCUACUUGGCCAACAAUAAGUUAACUCUGGCACCCCGCUUCCUCCCAAGCUCACUGAUGAGUGCGGACUUUGCAGCCAAUUAUAUAACCAGAAUCUACGGAAUGACUUUUGGGCAUAAACCAGGUUUACGGUCUGUAUAUCUGCACAACAAUAAAUUGACAGAUGCUGGUCUACCGGACAACAUGUUCAACCAAUCAAACAACGUGGAGACCCUUAUCAUGUCCAGCAACUUCCUGAAGUAUGUUCCCAGGAACCUGCCUGCUGCAUUAUACAAGCUGCAUUUGAGGAACAAUAAGCUGGAAAAGAUUCCAGAGGGCGCAUUUAGUCAUCUAUUUGGUUUGCGAGAGCUCUACCUGCAGCACAAUCUCUUGACAAAUGACGGGAUGAACAAUGAGACAUUUGGGAAGCUGACCAGACUUGAGUACCUAGAUCUAUCGAGCAAUGGCCUGACUCAUGUUCCCAGUGGGCUACCGCGUAACAUUGUCAUACUUCAUUUGGAAAAAAAUAACAUUCGGUCUAUAGCGGUUGAUGUUUUAAUGCAGAUUAAAAACCUGGAGUAUCUUUUGCUCCAUAACAACAGACUGAGGGCUCGGGGCAUUCAUCCAUCAGCUUUUCAAGGUUUAAAGAAGCUGCACACUCUUCACAUGUACAACAACUUGCUGGAGAAGGUACCUGGAGGACUUCCUCGUAGAGUCAAGACACUGAUGCUUCUUCACAACCAAAUCACUGGCCUUUCCAAGGAUGACUUUAACACCACAUAUUUUAUUGAGGACCUGAAUCUGAGCUAUAACAAAAUUAUGAGUAGCUCAGUACAUAAAGAGGCGUUCCGCAAACUGAGGCUCCUAAAAACGUUGGACAUGUCAGGCAAUAAAUUAAAAUCUGUUCCAUAUGGGCUUCCAAAGAACUUGGAGAUCCUUAAAUUGAAAGAAAAUGAAAUUAGCUCUAUACCACAAGACACACUGGCUGGGAUGUCAAAGCUAAAAGAACUGUACCUAAGCUUCAAUAAACUUAAGAUCAGCUCUAUUUAUACAGGGGCCUGGGCAGAGCUCAGCAGUCUCCAGCUGCUUGAUCUGUCAACAAAUCAGCUGUCUUACGUCCCAUCGGACUUACCUGAGAGCCUUGAGUACCUGUACCUUCAGAGCAACAGGAUUGCCACAUUGUUUGACAGCGCCUUUGAAUCCAUUCCUAAUAUAAAAGGGAUCUUCCUCAGGUUCAACCUGCUAACUCCAGAAGCCGUAAAAGAAAGUGCAUUCCAUGGACUGGAUAAAUUGCAAGUUCUGGACAUUGAAAGUCAUUUAGCCUUACCAAAGGUGACCAAGCAGAAAAAGGAAAAAGAAACAGAAAAUUAUGAUGAUGAAGAGGAAGAGGAGGAGGAGGAAGACAGAUAAAGAUAAAACCUGUACUUCAUGUACGUUCAAUAAAACAGUUUAACCAGAUUAUAUUGGGCCAAAAUGAACCAAAAAGCCUUUUACUACACUAGGGUGAACCCUGUAGAUUUUACAGUAGAGCCUUAUUAAAAGAGAUCUAAAGUCUCAUAUUCAUCACCAAAAUUAAGAGGGGUUUAUGCCCCCAAAGAUAGCUGUGAAGAUUCACAGGCUACAGCUCUUCCCUACAUGGCUUUCCAAAAAUACAGCUAGGAAGGAGACGGCUGCUUAUUUAAAAUGGCUUGCUAACACUAAUUUUGUAUUUUUUCUUCCGUGACAGUAACACCUAAUAAAGGUUUUUCCUUUUCAGGUGUCUAGUGAACAGAUAAAGACUGUCAUACAACACCAUCUUCGUUCUAAUGACCUAUCUAGUGUGAUUUGCACCCUCUGCCUUCAUUUGUGUGCACAGUGGUUGUCCCGGGCCAUUCAAAAUGAGGGAUCAGAAUGAAUCUGCAUAAGAAAUGUGAUCUUUAUGGACCUUGCAAAAGCUGGCUUUUGUUAUAUUUUUAUAUUAUAUUACAUGUUAAGAAGUAAAUCCAUAGACAAGGUAAUCUUCCAGUCUGUAAUAACAAGAUCUUUUCAUUUCAGAUAUUAUAUUACAUGGUAGAGACCUUACUUCCAAGCAUGACAUAAAUUAUUUGUAUAGUUAUUUUGCCUCUAACAAUGCUUAGCCAGUAAAACAACACACAGAAUUAUGUGGUUAUCAUACAAAAUGUGGUAUGGAUAGGUAAGUAUGUGGUCACUAUGCUCUGUUUUAUCUUUGAACUUCAUUGACAAGGACUAAAAUUGGACCUUAUACCUCAGCCCAAGCACUUGCUUAUGAUUCUUUUUUUACAAAAAUAUCUUUAUUACUAUUUUAUAAAUUAAAUUUUAACUAAGGGAGUGAACAUUAAAGCUGAAUAUAUAAUAUU